CGUGACGACAUUCCCGGCGUUCCUGGCGGACGACGGCCCGGUCCGGCGCUGACGUGGGAGCGAGCGCGUUUGUGGCGUCCGCGGCACCCCUCCGCCGCCUUGUUCUCCAGAAUCCAUUGCCAUUGUCGCGCGGCAUGGUCUCAGCUGCCAGUCUCGUGUUAUGCGCUUCUCUUCAAGUCGCAGCAGCCCGUCUGCUGCACUCACUCCCUGAAGACCCCCAUGCGUUCCCUAAAUUCCGCGUCUCGUUUAUGAAUGGCCAGCCCAUCGGGAGAGACACAGCUGAACGCUGGCUCCGUGAAGGUCUCCGCGGCGGCGAACUCGAAUUCGCAGACCAACCAUGGCACGAGGAUUCUGCAGGCUGGCGCGACUGGAGCUCGCGGAAAGAAAUUGGCGGCAGUGAGAGCGAUGAAGCUUCGUCCGAGCUGCAUCGUCCAGAAGCAAACCACACCCUUGAACUCAUGCGAAUGGGCCCCGAAUCCUACCUUUGCUACGUCCCCAAACCCUUGGACUAUGAACCACCAAAUGCAGACGACGCCGCGGAUGCGGAACUCACCCCGGCGCGCAGCUGGCAGCUCCUGCAGCCGCUAACCGGGACAUGCCUCUACCACCGACAAGGGUGGUUCACGUAUUCCUACUGCCACGGCCAACAAAUCCGGCAAUUCAAGGAACUGAUCCCCUCAACACCUCAUGCUGCCAGCUAUCGCCCAGCAGAAGAUCCAGAGUGGGACUCUUACACUUUAGGGCGCGCGCCUCGUACGCCGGAGCCUGGCGCGGACCUCACCGUCGCCGAGCAGAAUGCGCUCGCAGCCAACAUCGAACUCGCCAAAAAUGCGGGUUCCCGGUACCUUGUGCAGCGCUGGGGCGACGGCACUAUCUGCGACAAGACGGGAAAGCCCCGUGAGGUUGAGGUACAGUUCCAUUGUUCGAUGGCGAUGACGGACACGAUCCUGUUCGUCAAGGAAGCCAAGACGUGCUCCUAUGUUCUCGUCAUCCACACCCCGCGCCUGUGCGGCGAGCCCGGCUUCAAGUCCCGGCGCGACGCGCGCGAGGAGGCCGUCAUCCGCUGCCGGGAGGUCGUCGCGGGGCCGGAGCCGAGCGCCGCGGACCUCCCGCAGGGCGACCACCCGUACAAGCACCCGCGCCGGAAGACGUCGCUGCCCGCGACGCGCGCGAAGGACGCGCCGCCGGACCCGGUGAAGCAGAAGAAGGCGGCGGCGGAGAGCGCGUACAGCGAGAUCCUGCGGCGCGCGCUGAACGCGUUCCUGGGCGCGGGCGCGGGAAAUGAGGCGGCUGUGAUUGUGGAGGAUGGGGAUGUGGUGAUUGAGGUGCUGGACGAGGGGGUGUUUCAGGAUAUGGACGACGCGGAGAGCAAUGCGGUGAUCAAUGAGGCGCUCCGGGCGGCGGGGUUCGCGAUCAAGGGGAACAAGUUCGUGCAGGCGGAGGGCAAGGAGGAGGCCGAGGGAGACGAGGAGAAUUACGAUGAUCCUGCUCGGGACGAGCUGUAGGUGCGAUACACCACGGGCUGUGAUUGCGAUGUCCUUCGUCGGCUUGCGGUGCAUGUAGGGUGCCGAAUGUCAUUUGUACCAGUGCUACUGUUAUCGCGGAAAGAUUAGCGGGGUGCCUUCAAGUUUACGAGGUCAGACUGCCGAGCGCCGAGGGCAAUUGUAC